UUGCCCUUCCUCAAAAUGGCGGCGUGGGCUUCGCCCCGUUCCAAGAUGGUGUCGGGGCGGCCCCGCCCCCUGGCGGCUGAGUGGCGGCGGGGCGGCGGCGCCCGGUGUCGCCGGUGUCCUUGCGGCGGGCGGCGGCCGGGGCCGCGGGCAGGCGCGGAGCCAUGCUGGCCUUCAUGGCGAGGGCCGUGCACAUUGUCAGGUGGAAGAGGAAACCGAGACAGGCCGAGGGAGAGGUUUAUGAUCUUUUCUGUCCUACCAGCCAUGGAUAGGAAGCAGCAGCAAGCAGAGAAGGCCAGGCCCUACGGCCUGCUGAAGCCAACAGCUUUAGGCAAGAUCCCAGGCAGAUUCCAACUUCAUCAGGAAGCACUGCCACAUCUCCCCGUGCCGCCGCUCCAGCAAACGCUGGACCGCUACCUGCUGGCUCUGCAGCCCAUCAUCAGCGAGGAGGAGCUGAACCACACGCAGGAGCUGGUGGCUGAGUUCCGCAAGCCUGGAGGCGUUGGGGAGAGGCUGCAGAAAGGCCUGGAGAGAAGAGCCAAGAAAAUGGAGAACUGGCUCUCAGACUGGUGGCUGAAGACAGCUUACCUGGAAUAUCGCCUGCCGGUUGUGGUCCACUCCAGCCCAGGUGUGGUUUUACCCAAGCAGGAUUUUCUGGAUCGGCAAGGUCAGCUCAGGUUUGCUGCCAGGCUGAUCGAGGGCAUCCUGGAUUUCAAGGCCAUGAUUGACAAUGAGACCCUCCCAGUGGAGUACCUGGGUGGGAAGCCCCUCUGCAUGAACCAGUACUACCAGAUCCUCUCAUCCUGCCGCAUUCCCGGGCCCAAGCGGGACUCCAUUGUCAACUAUGCCAAAGGCAAAAAGCAGUCCAGACACAUCACAGUGGUUCACAACUUCCAGUUCUUUGAGCUGGAUGUUUACAACAGUGAUGGAAGUCCCCUUACGACUGACCAGCUCUUCAUUCAGCUGGAGAAGAUAUGGAACACCUCCCUCCAAACAAACAAAGAACCUAUUGGGAUCCUCACCACCAACCACCGAAACAGCUGGGCAAAAGCCUACAAUAACCUCAUGAAAGAUAAGACCAACAAGGAAUCUGUGCGUACAAUUGAGAAGAGCAUUUGCACUGUCUGCCUUGAUGCACCUAUGCCACGGGUGUCUGAGGACAUCUACAAGAGCCGCGUGGCCGCUCAGAUGCUGCAUGGUGGAGGCAGUCGCUGGAACAGUGGGAACCGAUGGUUUGACAAAACCCUUCAAUUCAUCAUCGCUGAAGAUGGCUCUUGUGGUCUUGUGUACGAGCACGCUCCCUCAGAAGGCCCACCCAUUGUUGCUCUUCUGGAUCACAUCGUGGAGUACACGAAGAAACCUGAGAUGGUAAGAUCACCCAUGAUUCCUUUGCCAAUGCCCAAAAAGCUGCGGUUUAACAUCACCCCAGAAAUCAAGACUGACAUAGAGAAGGCAAAGCAGAACCUUAACAUAAUGGUCGAAGACCUGGAUAUCAAAGUCAUGGUCUUUCAUCAAUUUGGGAAAACCUUCCCCAAGUCAGAGAAGAUAAGUCCUGAUGCUUUUAUCCAGCUGGCCUUGCAGCUGGCGUAUUACAGGAUGUACGGCCACGCCUGUGCCACGUAUGAGAGUGCAUCGCUAAGGAUGUUCCGCUUGGGCCGCACAGACACCAUCCGCUCCACUUCUGUAGACUCUCUUAAGUUUGUGCAAUCAAUGGACAGCCCUGACAAAUCGGACCAGGAGAAAGCAGACUUGCUGAGGAGAGCUACCCAGGCCCACAGGGAAUACACUGAUAUGGCAAUAAGGGGCAAUGCAAUAGACCGCCACCUCUUAGGCUUGAAGCUUCAAGCUAUUGAGGACCUCGUGAGCAUGCCUGAGCUGUUCAUGGACACAGCAUAUGCUGUUGCGAUGCACUUCAAUCUCUCAACCAGCCAGGUCCCAGCAAAGACAGACUGUGUGAUGUGCUUUGGUCCCGUGGUUCCAGAUGGCUACGGAAUCUGUUACAACCCUAUGGAUGAACACAUCAACUUUGCAAUUUCAGCAUUCAACAGCUGUGCUGACACAAACGCAGCCCGCAUGUCACAUUAUCUUGAGAAAGCACUGCUAGACAUGAGGAUCUUGCUCCAGUCCACUCCUAAAUCCAAAUUGUAAGAGGCAAACAUGAUGCAAAACUCCCAAUUAAAGGGGGCUAUCCCUCAUGCACUGAAGUUCCCAGUUCCUCAGAAAAUGAUUGAGGGGACACCUUACCCUGCCUGGAACCUAGGAGGGCAUCUACCACGUGUCUUCAGCAAGAAAUUACAGACUGGUCAUCUGCAGGUAUCAGCCUCUGUGGUGAGAGGAAACACCGAAGUAGAACUGACUGAUCUUUUCCCAUCAAUGCAAAGUGCACCUUCCUGUCCUCAAAGAGGACCGAAAUAUUAUUUUUAUGGAACUUACUGUAAAGGAAUACAGAAAGGACAGUCCUUACCACUAUCUAAAUCCACUUGGUGAGGAAGGUAGUUCUUCUCCAGAAAAGGCAAGGAAUGUUUAUUAUAUGAUGGAACUACUGUAAGACCAAGUCUUUUUGCUGGUGUAGUCUUCUGAAGAGCGCAGCAUCUUUCAGACUUGACUGAAGAUUUUUCUGCUGCUCCAGCAAAACGUCACCAUUGAACUUUGGCAAGAGGAGAAAGAAGUUCUUAAGUCAGAGCAGAUCCAGUCUCGUUAGAGUGCACUGCAGUACUUAUCCCAGGCACUCCGACCAUUAGAUCCUUUACAAGCCUGGGAAUGUUCCCUUCUCCUUAUUUUAGGAUGCUGGGAUCUCCUGUUCGUUGCACUGACCCCAUUAACAACAGAAUAUCAUUUGCUACAAAGUAAGGUGGGUUUUUUGUUGUUCUGGGCUUUUUGUUAAGCUUGCUAUUGUGGUCCUAGCCAUUGAUCUUCAGGCUCGGCAUAAAGCUUUUUCUCCACAAACCUUCUACAAAACUUCCCUCUCACACAGGUUUUGCUAGCUUUGGCUUUAUGUACCUUAACAUUUGUGGAGAGGAGAAGGGAUUGCCUAUGCAUUUAGCAGGACACUUGCUCCGUUGUACCUUUCUUUGGAAUUGAGGAAAAGAAACAGAUGCUGACUUUCUGUUUACUACCCAGAAGGCCACAUGCCUGGUCUCCUUCAGAACGCACAUUAAUCCAAUGUGGUUUUAUACCUUGAUUUCAGGAACAACAUAUUUGUGCAUAAUGUGUUAUGCCCGAGUUGUGGACAAGUAAGAAUUUUUCUGAUCAGGAACUCCAGAAUAUACUUCCAUUUCUGGCCCACAUCACUCUCCUUUGACAAGGCAGAAAAAUCUUGAAAAGCAGGAAGAAAGCUGAAAACAUGCGAGGACUGUAGAUGUUUGUCCAUUGUGGCAGCCAUUGUUCCUGCAGUGACAGUACAGCAACUUUUCUGCUACUCUUGGGAGUUUUUUUUUUUUCUUACUGCCAUUUUUCUUACUGCCAGAUUUGUGCCAGCUCUAUUCUGCGAGAGCAUGAUCUCAUGAUAGUGUCUUCAUGUUCAGUUGACAAACUUGAGGCAGUAAAAGAUUAUAUAUAAACAUUAACAUACAAUUUUAGCAUAGGAAUUUUUGUAAGCAGUACUUCCAACGAAUCUGCCAGAAUCCAAGCUCCUGACUAUACUUUUAUUUAGUAAAAAUCAUAGGGUAAUGAAGAAUUAUAAUGCUAUUUCUGCAACAGGAAUUUAAUAUCUAAAUUGCACACCCUUCAAGAUGUGGCUGCUGGGACAUCACCAUAAACAAGAAGCAUUAGGAGUCUGAUGGCCUGUUUUGUUACAGGGAAAUACCUGGUCAUAAUUUCUACUUUUCUGAUCAUAGAACAGCAAGGGAUAUGAUCAAAGUGCCUUGGUGAAUAUCUGUAAAGAAAUUUGCACUAAACCUGUUUAAAGAAAAAAAAGAAUUCUCUAAUUUGCUUCUUGAAAGACACAAGCCAACACUACUGCAUUUUUUCCUAAAAGAAUGUUAUUUCAAAGCUUCUAUCUUAUACCUAAAUAAACCUUAAAAAGGAAAAUUUAACUGAAACUCACCUGCACAGCCAGUGAUUGUAUGAACUGCCACUUUCACAUCAUCUACAUGGAUUUAGUUGAUCUUUUACAAGAGUCCUGAAUGGAGUGAGAUAAUCUAAAAAAAAAAAAACAAACCAACCAAUAGGAGCACUACAAACCUGCGAGCACACAUCCCUGCUCUGUUGACUCCUCUGUAUGAAUUAGACUGAAAACUGCAAGAGGAUACUCAGUAUUAUCAGAGUGUAAGUGAUUAUGUAAAUACUACAUAAAAGACCAAACCUUGCUGGAAUAACAUCCGGGUUUAUGGAGCCUUUUACAUUGAAAAAUAUAUUCUUUUUGACAAAGUAUUCCUCCCCUCAUACUGAACCAACCUCUCUUGCCAGGGGAUGAGUUAUUUUUCCCUGUCUGCAAUGCCUUCAACCACUGAUGCUACAGUAUUGCCACUUAAGUAUUUGAGACUGGCCCUUUUCUACUUCUGUCUCAUCAAAAGGGAAGGCUCUCAAAGGAAAGUGCCUAUUAAAGAUUAAGCAGAACUACGUGCUGCUGUGACCGUUAUCUCAGAAGAUGGGAUCGAUCUAUUCUGGAUCUAAAUCUGGAUAUCCCACUAGCUUCAGCAGAGUACAGCUGCAAGAAGCAGACUAUGACAUUGAAAGAGAUACAAGAUUCAUAAACCACUUAAUGCAUCCUUAAUGAUAUACGGAGCUGAAACUCAGAUGAAUGAAGCUGAUUUUUUAAGUGCUUGAAAGGACACUAAAAUCAUUACAAGGUUUUUCCUUUAAAAAGUCUUUUCUUGUUGUACAAGUUCUAAAAUGUCAUGACCUCCUGAUCUAUACCUUCUUGAUUUUUUUGGUGUUGACUUAUUGAAUACUGUUCUCCUCCCUGUUUCUGAUCGUUUCAUCAAGAGAUGUCCAUUGUCUUAAAGGCACAUUACAUACAAGAAACUUAAGUUCCAGAAAAACUACCGGUUUGGAACAAAUAAUUAAGAAAUGCAUAGACUGAAAAUCUUCAGAUAACUCUUGGGGUAUGAGUGCAAUUUAUGACACAGCCUGCUAGUGUUGCAUGCUUUGCUGGUUAGCUGUGUUACAUACUGUUUCCGUAGCGUAAUCCAUGUCAUGCAAAGUUUUGAAACGUUCUUUGAAUAAAAUGAAACACAAUAAACAGAUAAGUGCUACAAAAAGGCUUAAAUCUCCUUAGACACUGCAGAAGUUACAGAACUACCCUUAUGGGAGGAUGUUUGUGUGGGGACAGCAAGAACAGUGAACCACAGCAUUCUGUCACCUUCCUUUUAUUGUCUCAGUAUCUCCAUCCAGCCCCCUCGAGUAUAGGGGAGGAAUAGAAAGCAUCUGCUUGCAAAGCCAUGUAUUCCAAAGAAAAUAUUCCAUUUCAGAAACUAGUGGCAGGAGAUGUCAUACAAGUGUAGGAUAAUAAGGCAGAGCUCAAAUCUUUUUCCUGCACAGCACCAUUUAGUUAAGAAAAUCCAUGGGAUCACUAAGGAAUUUCUACUACAUCAAGUAUUGCAAAGAUUUCAGGAAAGGUACAGCAAAAGUAGGCAGAAGAUGCAGAUUACAAACAACUCACAGAGAACAGAGAAGAGUUUAUUACAGUGUCUUAAAAGAGCUCUUCUUUCUUUCCCUUCCUCCUGAGAAUUACUGUAGGAAGCUUGGGUUUGAAGGCAACGUGAAGUGGAAUAGCUUUUUAUACUACGCUGCUCUCCACAAGGGGAUGAAACCUCUCCCCUAUGCUCUCGUUCUCAAUAGGUGCUUCCACACAUAGUUUUUCCAGCAGUCUGUCGUAACAGCUUAAGAGGGGCUAGGAAAGUGCUAGCCACUCCUGAAACAAUCCACUCUUUCAGCUUUGUCCUUGGGGAAGAGAAUUGUUCUGGCUUUGUAAGUUAACUUACAAGAGAUAUAAAAAGGAAAGAAAUGGUUUUGCAAGAAAUAAGUGAUAAAGAAAUAAGUGAUAAGUACCAGCUUUCAGACUGAAACAUAUGGUACUACCAUAUCAUGUGGCUCAUCUGAUGUCCUGUCUCAUUGUAGUAGAGCUGGCCUAAGUCAGAUCAAAAGUCCCUGUGAAACCUGCAAAAUGCCUCUUUAUUCUGGUGCACCUUCAAAGCAGAUCCAGUGCUCAGGUCCUUUGGAUGUUAAUAGGAUUGCUCACGUUAUGUAAAUACUAAAGAGUUCUUACAAAAAAAAAAUAAUGUAUUUGCUGUAACAACUGGAAACCAUUUACUACCCAUAGCUACUUAAACACAGAAAUUUAAACAGCCUUCAUUCCUGAUCUCCUAGAUGAGGAUCACGGCUUUCUACAAUUAACACUCUGGUUGUCCAACGGUUUUUCUACAGCAGCUCCCACUCCAUACGAACACACAAACUCCUUUGGCAACAGGCACAGAUGAAAACUUAAAAAAAUAAAAAAAAGAUCAAGAUGAACAGAAACACAUCUCACUUCAAGCAGCUUUAUAAUGCAGGAGUCUGAUUAAAGUGGAGAUUGUAAAACAGGCAGCGAGACCGAGAUGUGACAGUCAUUUUACCUCUGCUGACAUGACUGCAUCGAAGGCACACCGAUGACCUUUGAGCCAGUUCAGAAGCUGUCCUUUAUCUGUGAAAGUUCAAGUCAAUUGUGCUUUGAAUAAAUACUCCCCUGUAGUUACA